AAACUACCCACCUACCUACCUAUGUAUGUAUAUUCUUUCACGAUCGUGGUGACGUCUGAUGAGGCGGCUACCCUAGGCGUUAUGGAUAUGCGACAAAACCGAGGCGUAUGACGUAGAUAGAAUACGAGGUUUGUUUUAUUAUAAUCUCUCUUGUGCCUCCCUCGGUCCUACCUAUCAACGUCAUUCUGCUUAGGGAAGGACCCUGAGAAUCCCCUUGUCCCUACAAAGUUCUCAUCGUUUCCACCCUCAAAGAAAACAUGUUAGGGACGUUCCUUGAGUGUUUUGUCCUCUGGGCGGUUUUGUUCAGAGUUAAUCUGUUUAGUUAGCGACUUGGCGACUGAAUUUCGGAUUUAUCACGUAUCAACACUACAAUUCGGCUCGCAACACAUAUUCGUGUAUUUCCCAGUAUCGUGGAAUUAUCAUAUUAAAUCACUUCACCUACCUAGGUAGUGAAUCAUGCCAGCUGCGGGAGUCUCGUCAGUCUCUUCCAUCCCGGGUUUAGACCCACCAAAGGUCACAUCAAUGCCGGGUAAUUGUGGAGAGACGGUCGAUUUCCAUCCAACUUCAACUUCUAAAUCAGCUUCGAACCCGAUAGGUCUGCGCUCCGUGAAACAAUCCAAAUCCGUCGAGUCUCUUCCUACCAUCGGCACUUUACCCCUGGGUUCUCUUCGAAUUACCGAGCCUAGAGAGGACUCGGAUCUGGAUACGCCACUUACUACUCCCGACGUCGCCAUGGGGCCACCCCUGGACUCUGGACAUACGUUCCCGACGGGUGGCGAUGUCCUCAUCCUAGAUGAUCUUCCCGCAGGCUUUACUAUAGGCUGCGACACGGUGUCUUUCUCGACUAAGAAACCCUUUCCGGGCUUUCGCGAUAUCCCGCCGGGCGCGCAUCUUAUCUGGGUUGCCCCCUCCGAGCUGACGUCGUCGCGGAGCGCGUAUUGGAUAGUCACUCCCGAGAGAGAGGAAUGGGAGCACGGCGAGGUCUACGUCAAGCAGUGGGACAAAUUCAACGAAGUCCUCAGCGACCCUGCCAGUCAAGCCGAAGAUAGGUUCCAAAAGGAGGCGCUGCAGCAGAUUUUUAGUAGCCUCUCGCCUUACCAACUCCGGGCUACUACGUCCGGAGUGCUCCUUGCACCACCCAGUCGAGACACCGAGCAUCUUCCGUCCUUCUUAAACAACGAGAACAUAUGGUUCCAGCUCACGUCGGCGAUCGACGCGGAUCUCCUGAACAGAAUCACGGGCAAGACCCAACGAAGCUGGCAGAUCACCACACAAGACAGCGUCGCCGGAGAGACGACCUUAGCCGAGGAAGCCCGCCUCUACGCCAGCGGCAAGUCCCAGCUCCGCUUCACAUUCCCCAUGAACGCACCUCUCAUCAGCCCCCAGGCGUCCGGCCAUGAGCGCACGCGGCAGGCCCUGGACCCAACCCCCUUCGUGCUCGAGACCUUGGAGAGCCGCAAACUCGAAGACCUCGCAGGCGAGCUCUCGUUCGCCUUCCUGUCGGGAAUGCACCUCGGCAACUACUCGUGCCUGGAGCAAUGGUGGUUUUACACCACGCACCUCAUCUUCCGCAGCUACGCCCUCGCCACCGCACAGCCCCAGCUCGUCCGGCGCUUGAUCCAGACGUUCCACGCGCAGCUCGUGUACAGCGACCGGCACCUCGAGGGCGACGUGCUGGACAUGAUGCCCUCGAACGCGCGCAAGCUGCAGCGCUCGCUAACCACGUACGCGUCCCGGCUGGACGAGCUGUUCCAGGCUCUAGGCGGCGAUGACGACGACGACGUCGUCACGCCCGAUCUGCAGCUAGUGCGAGACGCGUUUGUAGACCUGGAGGUAUGGCUGAGCAGUCGGCUGGGUUGGGACCUGAGAGCCGAGUAUUUGCGCGCGGGCUCGCUGAUGUUGGAGGAUGGCGAGAUGGUGAGUGCGGAGAUGUCGGAUUUCGAGGACGAGGAUGAGAGGGGCGAGUUUGCGCCCGUGGUGGUGCAGUUGGAUGGUGGUGGGAAGGAGGCUGGGCUCGUGUCGUGGGAUACGUAGGAUGAACAACAGACUCGGUCUAGACACGGGCGGAGGCAUGGGCAUAGGCGUUGGGAUAUUGGUUGUGUUGUAUCAUGAUGUAUACCUUCUACGACGUUCACGAGUGGUUUUAUACCACUUUUAGCAUUACUAGUAAUCAUAUGAGAACUAUAGAAAAGCAAGUUCCUAACCUAGUAGAGGGUUGGUUUACACCUGAUUCUUCUGUAUAGUUAGUUCAGGGCAUCGG